AUGUUAGUAGUAUGGAAUAUUAGGGGACUUAAUAAAGCUGGUAAAGUCAAGGAGGUGAGUUCCCGCCUUAAUAACAUCCAGCAUGAGAUUUGCAUCUUACUUGAGACACAGGUAAAAGUAAAUAAAGCUGAUCAAAUUAGACAGAAGCUACAGCUUAAAGGGCGUUUCUUGGAUAACUAUUCCUGCCACAAUAAUGGUCGUAUUUGGAUCAAUUGGAAUCAUAAUCACAAUGAGCUGAGACACAUUAAGAGCUCUAGCCAGUUUGUUCACUAUGGAGUUUAUGACUUUCUUGGUAACUUCAAAUACUGGCUUACAACAAUUUAUGCCCUCAACCAAUUGGAACAUCGUAGAAGAUUGUGGACUGAUAUUGAGCAACUCAGCAGAACUCAGCAAGGCCCCUGGUGCCUAAUUGGAGACUUUAACAAUGUCCUCCAAGCUCAAGACGGGAUUGGUGGUAAUUUGGUUAUUGAGAAUGAGUAUAAGGACCUCCAAAACAUGAUAAAUACCAUUGGCUUGUGUGAAAUGCCCAGCAAAGAUCAUGCCAUGCUUCAUGUGGCUAUGACUCAAUCUAGAAGAAUACAACAUGGUUGCUUCAAAUUCCAUAAUAGUAUUACUAAUGCAGUAGAGUUUCAGGAUGUUGUUAGACAGAGCUGGAUUCUCCUUAGCAGUGGCACUCCCAUGAACAUCCUAUGGCACAAACUCAUGAGACUGAGGAAAGCUCUGAAGUCUAUACAGAUGCCUUUCUCUAGUGUUCAGCUGAAUUUGGCUCGAGCCAGGCAGGAACUCACAAUCAUUCAAACUGAACUCAUCUCUCAUAGGUUUGAUGUUGACUUGAUGGAGAAGGAAAAAAAGCUGACAACAGAAGUCAUUCAAUGGAAUGAUAUAGAAGAGAAAAAAUUAUGCAGCAAAGGACUAAAAUUGACUGGCUUAGAAAGGGUGAUGGCAAUAGUGCAUUCUUCCAUGCCUAUCUCAAAUCCAGGCAUGAGGCUAAGACAUCUUAUUGAGAAUGAAGUUAUGGAGUUUUACAGCAAUCUCAUGGGGAAAGUUGAUCAUCAUCUCCAGCACAUUGAUGUUGAUGCUAUGAGGAAAGGAAAUCAGCUUAAUCUUGAUCACAAAGAUUUCCUUGUUAGACCUGUUACCAUUAAGGAGAUUCAAGAAGCUCUUAAGGGUAUGGGGGAUUUGAAAGCCCCAGGCCUAGAUGGGUAUGGAGCUAAAUUUUACAAAAGCUAUUGGAAUACCAUCAAGGAAGAUGUGACUGCUGCUGUGAGGGAAUUUUUCACACAUCAACGAAUUCUUAAUGACUUCAACAAAGCUGUAGUUUCCCUCAUUCCCAAGACUGAUCAUGCUGUAUCUGUUAAAGAAUAUCGACCUAUUGUUGUUUGUUCUACUUUCUACAAAAUCAUCUCUGGAAUUCUGUCAGCUAGAUUAGGGACUAUUCUCCCUGAUAUUGUCAGCAUAAGUCAAGCUGCAUUUAUCCCUGGCCAAGUUAUCCACAAUCAUAUAAUGCUAGCGUAUGAAAUUAUUAAAGGCUACAACAGAAAGGGAGGGACACCUAGAGUCAUGCUUCAGCUCGACUUGCAAAAAGCAUAUGAUAUGGUGAGCUGGACUGCACUUGAAAACAUAAUGCAUGAGAUUGGCAUUCCUCAUAUGUUCAUCAAGUGGAUCUUGACCGUGAUCACUAAUGUAGCUUAUGUCUUUAACAUUAAUGAUGAUGUGUUACUCUUUUGCAGAGGUGAUCGUAGGUCUGUGGAGAUGCUUAUUCAAACUGUUACAACUUUCUCUAAGUCUACAGGUUUACUCAUAAACCCUCAGAAGUGUAAAGCGUAUUAUGGUGGAUUGGAUGAGACUGCUAAACAGGAGUUACAAAUGCUUACCACUUUUGAGGAAGGCAAUCUCCCUUUCAGAUAUUUGGGAGUCCCAUGUUAG